AGAAACAGCGUGCACCUGUCUUGAGUGCUGGAGGCGCCCCUGAUGCCACUGGACUCAAUCCGAGCCGGCGGCGCCUUCGUCCGGGCCCACGGCCGGCACGCCGUCAAAUUUUCUCGCCGAUUCCGCGCGCUCGGCCGCCACCGCGGCGCCUCCGAGAGCGCCGUUUCGACACGCUGCAGCGGCGGGCCGCGGCACCUCGACACACCGCCUCUCGCGCCGCCUCGAGGUGCUCCGAUCGUGCACGCGGGUCGGCUCGGCACGAUGACCCGCCACGCGCCAGCUCUGCACCUCUCCCGCGCGCGCCCGGCUGCUGGCAUGGCGUGGCGGGCGAGGCUGGCGCGCUGCGACCGGUGGAGCGCCGCGCGGGCAGCGCACCAGCCUCGCACGCACCUCUCCACUGCGCCGCGUGCGCCGCUGGCAGUGUGCUGCGAGGCUCAACAUGUGGUCACAGG